AAUACACUACCGUAAUGCACAGUGUGUGUGUCUCAACAUACUGUUUUACUGCAGUCCGUACUCAUCCACCUCGGUUACUGUUUAGACCGGAAGUAGGCGGUUUGGUUUAGUAACUGUCCCUGUUCGUGUCCAUUCAGAUGAGCAGGACUGAGGGACCGAGCGGCUGAAGUGACCACAGGAGAUGCUUUGAGGAUCCUCCAACGCUGUUCACUUUUGAGGAGACCAUUGAAGGGAAGAGUGAUGGCAGGAGAGAAGAGUACUCCAGACGACACACACUCUUCCAAAGUCAUUCGAGUGGUGUUCCUGGCUCUUCUACUGGACCUGCUGGGGUUCACAGUAAUUCUCCCCCUUCUUCCCUCCAUCUUGGAUCACUACAGUCAAACAGGGGAUAGUGUGUAUCUGUCACUACAAAGCAUUGUGGACUGGUUCAGGGGCACUGUAGGAGUUCCUUUGGAAAGAAAAUACAACAGUGUACUUUUUGGAGGUCUGAUUGGUUCCCUCUACUCUUUGCUGCAGUUCGUUUCCUCUCCUUUGAUAGGAGCUGCAUCUGAUCAGCAUGGCAGAAGACCGCUGCUACUUUUAACCACUGUGGGGCUGAUUUUCUCCUAUAUUCUCUGGGCUGUUUCUCACAACUUCAGCGUUUUUCUCCUGUCACGUGUGGUGGGAGGAAUCUGUAAGGGCAACGUCAGCCUCUGCACUGCUGUCGUUGCAGAUUUGUCUUGCCCCAAAGCGAGAAACAGAGGAAUGGCAAUGAUUGGCGUUGCAUUCUCUGUGGGCUUCACUCUGGGCCCGUUAAUGGGAGCCUACUUUGCACUGAGACCAGUGGAUGCUGAGAUGUUUUAUCAAGGCCCUGCUCUACUGGCAGUUCUCUUCUCUGUAGCAGAUCUGCUGUUCAUUUUUCUCAUGCUUCCAGAGACUUUGCACAAGGGCACCUCAGAGCCUACAGGUGUUCAGGAGAUAGGAGACCUGCUCAACCCAGUGGCCCUUUUCAACUUCUCUGCAGUCACAAGAACAAAGGAGCCACCCUCCAAACAACGGAUGCACAAUCUUAAGGUGCUCGGCUUGGUGUACUUCACAUACCUCUUCCUUUUCUCUGGUCUUGAGUUCACACUGAGCUUCUUAACUCAUCAACGCUUCCAGUUCUCCAGCAUGCAACAGGGGAAGAUGUUCUUCUUCAUUGGUAUCACCAUGGCAGCAUUCCAGGGAGGAUACGCCCGCAGGAUCCAGCCAGGUCAGCAGAUCCGGACAGUCCGCAUGGCAAUGUUAUUACUCAUUCCAGCUUUCAUACUCCUUGGAAUAGCGUGGAAUUUAAUAGUGCUCUACAUCAGCCUGUUUUUGUAUUCCUUUGCGGCUGCCAUUGUUGUGCCGUGCCUUUCAGCACAAGUAUCUGGACACGGCACAGCGAGUCAGAAGGGUACAGUGAUGGGGAUCCUGCGUAGUCUUGGCGCACUGGCCCGAGCACUGGGCCCAAUUGUGGCUUCAUCAGUGUACUGGCUUGCUGGAGCUGAGAUGUGCUUCGUCGUCAGUUCGGCUUUCUUUAUUGUCCCGUUGCUCUUAUUGAGCCGACUACAGCAACACAAAGAGGACUAAGAACACUCAUGCAACGUUUACCGGAAAUACUUUUUACAAACUCCUUUUAUAUAUUCAAGUAUGGGGUACAUGUAUAGUAUUUUUCUACUUUCCUUUUUAUAUACUUUUUUUUUUUUUACAAAACAUUCAUGGUACGAUAUGAUUUGAAAAGACCGUAAUGCAGUAUGACACUGACAUGGUUUUGUUAUACUACAGGGCUGCACUAGAUAUUACAUUUGAUUAACAUUACAAACCUUUUGUAACUCUGUAACAUGGUGUAGACAUGUAGAUUUUCUGUUCUCUAACUCUGUUGUGAACCCAUCAGGCACUCCGUUGCAUUUAUUUUUGCACCUGCCGGUAUAAUGCAAACCGUUUGAUGUUGUGGAAGGAUAAUGAGAAUUUUUAUUCUCGCAGAAUUACCUGUUCACAUGUAAAACUGCAAACAUUAAACGUUGACCUCAUGUAAACCUGCUGUCCUGAAGAAGUUUGUAAUGGGAAUUCUGUUUUUUUUUUUUUUCACUGAGUCAGAUCCUUGGGCACAGCUUCCAAACAGUCCACUGUAUUUUUGUUCUCCAGUGAGUCGUGUUGUGCACAUGGUGCCCUGCAAUGGACUGAUGUCCCAUCCAGGGUGUAUUUCUGCCUUCCACUGAGUGUUCAUGGGAAAUGCUCUGGAUUCACCACUCACUAAAGAUGAAUGAAUUCGCACUAAAACCGUUUAUGUUGAAACAAGGUGUCCAUGAUCAUUUCAAAAUUACACUGCAAGAGGAAAGGCACUGGCUACAUCUACAAAAAAAAGAAGAAGAAGAAAACAGCUUGUAUAUGCGAGCUAGCUCACAAUAGUCUACUAGUAGCACCAUAAACUUGUACAGUAUAUGGAAGAAGAAGAAAAUACAGGUACAUGCACUCACUGGCCAUUUUAAUAAGAACUUGUUCUUGAUUCUAAGAUUCCUGUUCUUGGCUGCACGAUGUGUUCUUCUGCUGUUGCAUGCUGAGAUGUUUUUCUGCUCACCAUGGAUGUAAAGAGUUGCUAUGUGUUACUAUAUCCUUGCUGGCAGCUCAGACCAAUCUGGCCAUUUUCCUCUGACCUCUCUAAUCAACAAGACGUUUCCACCCACAGAACUGUCGCUCACUCAGUGUUUUUUGUUUUUCGCACCACUCUGUGUAAACUCCAGAGACUGUGUGUGAAAACCCCAGAUGAUCAGCACUUUUUGAAAUACUCAAACCACUCAAUCUGGCACCAACACCCAUGUCACAGUGAAAGUCACACUUUUUGAGAUCAUAAUUUUUCCCCUUCUGAUGUUUGGAGUGAACAUUAACCGAAGCUCUUGAUUUGUAUGUAUAGGUGUUCCUAAUAAAGUGGCUGGUGAAUGAA